CAUGCAGCUCUGAUCUUGUUUCUCUUUGUACUUCAGUAACAUCACAAUCACUUUGUUUAACAACUUCAAUUUACUGUAAGUUCUAUUUGUGGUGUUUCUCUCAUUUUUCAACUAGGUACAUUUAUUGUUAUAGUUUCCUGCUUUUUCUUUCAGAUUUUGUUAUGUAUACUCACCAACGCUUUUGUAAUUACGGGCUUGUAUUAACUAAUAGAGAGUCCUCAUUAUUAGGAGAUAUGGUUAAAGUGUAACAGAGAUAGGGAAAGUAGUUUAGGCAAGUCUUAUGUAUUUUUGUUGUAUUCCCGCAUCCAAGGUCCUGUUUUGCAUUGUUUUUUAUUCGUUAUGGCCACUGUUGCAUUUUGAAUUUUAUAUGCCAUUAGCAUAUCAGAUUAGUGACUCUCCUUCUACUCGUCUAAACCCUUACAUUUGUUUAUUUCUAAAGCCUCUUGAAUGUCAUUGAUGUCAUUGCAGCUUCACCUUUGACAUGUUCGAAGGAUCACCCUAGAAAGGGUGAAAAACUCACCUUAUCCCUCAGUGGCACAUUUUCUUUUUCUGUGUGGAUGGAGUUGUUGGCUGCAACAACUGAUACACUUGGUUUUAUAUUGCUCUUAGACACUCAAGUCACUUCUUGUGGUGCAACUGUGAAAGUGAUGCAACUGCUUGUUCAUGGAGAUGUUAAUCAGUAGAGAUUGCUCAUGUCAAGUUCCUCUUACCAUUAACCAACAGAGUGACUAUUGCCUUCAUCCAGCUAGUUAUGCACGGAUGCUUCUUGGAAAGGAAUUCUUGAGGUUUGACGCCACGAAUCACACAAUUCUAAGUGGAUUCCCCCUAGUUGUGCGUUUCAUUUGGUAACAUAACACCUACCUAGUAAGUCUGAGGAUUCACCACAAAUGACAUGAUAUGAUUCAUGCUACCAUUGGUGACGACACUUGCAGGGGCGAAUGCUUUUACACCAACUGAAACGAGCCGGAAGCCCGUCGGUCAAUCGCACGGCAUCCCCAAUCGUUGGAUUUGUGCCUCAAAUUAACAAGGCAACCUAUCAUAAUGUUAUAGGAUGUCACAUUAGUUAAAAACUUAAUUAAAUUUUCAUGUUGUAACUAUCGAAUUUGAAUUUUAAUAUAAAUGAGAAAGAGGU